AUGGGCCCGGAGAAGACAGGCAAGAGGAAGGUACUACUUAGAAUCAAGAAGCCCGUGCCUAAGCCAUCGAUUGCAGGCAAUUGGAAAGAGAGCGAUGCGACCAACGUCGACAAGUCUGUGCCACCAGUCACAUCGCCCAUUGUCAAUCCUCUAGACGAGAAGACCAUUACCGGCUUCCCCAGCGGCCGCCCCCUCGACGACAAGGUCGACACGGUGCAGUGCAAGCACUGUCGGCGCCCCGUACUACGCGCAGCCUCUGCAACACACAUUCGCGACUGCCUCAACAAGAAGCAAGAGAAGCUCAAGAAGAAGAAGGAAGCGAAAGAAGCCAAGGACGCCGCUCUCCGCAAAGAAAAGGGAGAAGACGACGAUGGUCUGACGGCGCGCAAGUCGGCAGUGAAGGGUGCAGUCGUGGAUGGAGACGGCGCCAAAAAGGGCAAGAAGCGCAAACUCGACGGGGAUGCGGACAAGGCGCCCAAUGCAAAGAAGAAGAAAAAGGAUGAACCCAAGGUCAAGGGUGCGAAACCCAAGGGACCGGUCGACGUGGAAAAGCAGUGCGGUGUUCCUCUUCCGAACGGGGGGUUUUGUGCCAGAAGUUUGACCUGCAAGAGUCAUAGCAUGGGUCUCAAGCGAGCAGUUCCUGGGCGGAGUCUGCCCUAUGACAUGCUCCUAGCACAAUACCAAAAGAAAAGUCAAGCAAGACAGCAACGCGCUGCUAUUGACGCAAAUGCCCCUCUCCCCGAAGAUAUUGAGCCCUCGGGCGACGUCGACUCGGACGAAGAAAAAGACGGCAUCAUGGCCGCGCUAUCACGCUACCGACCCACCCCCUCGGCCACACACAUUCACAUCCCCCAACGCUUCAAAUACCAACACAUUCGCAUGAAGGGCCUCAUACGCUCUGCACUCGGCGCUCCACCCGGCGGCGGCGGCUCCAUAUUCAGCGGCAUGGGCAUGGGCUUGGGCUUGGGGGAUGGCAUGGGUUCGAGUCGGGGGGGUCUGGGGCUGGGCAUGAUGGGCGCGCCGGCUAGUGCCAGUCAAGAUCGGUUUCCGGACAGUGCGGGCCUCGCGGGGUUUGGGCCGCUGAGUGCGGGGUUGGAUGGGGGGACGGCGAGUAGACGGCCUAGCGCCAUCAAUGUCAAUGGCGGUACUGGGACAGGAGGGGGCGGUGCUGGUGGAGGAGGAAGUGGUGGUGGUGGAGGAGGGGGCCCGAGGCAGAUCUUACCAGGGCAAUUACCUGGGCCAGGACAGGCGAGGAAGAGUAGUGUGGGUGUGGGUGGAGUGGCGUAG